GCUUUCCUGGCGGGCUGCAUCCCGGUCGUUUUCGAUUUCCCCUCCUACAUGCACGGCCAGAGGAGCUGGUGGAUGGAGGACGGAUCCCCGUUCCAGCUCUCGGUGCCUUUCCCAGAGGACAUCCCUUACGAAGACAUUGUGGUCGUCAUUCCUGGUACCGAGAACUACACACAAUCUGCAAUCAACAUGCUGCUGAAGCUGCGCUCAAUGUCCGCGGAGGACAUCGCGCGAAGGCAGGGCCUACUCCAAGACUACCGGCACUUCUUGAGCUUCCAAUGGGACGGAUCGAGACCGGAUGCCUUUACCGCGAUCAUGCAGCGAAUCGGUCGCUUCGUCCGCGGGAGGCCGCAGGUGCGCUGA